GUCACAUCUAGUUUUCCUUGAAUGUAAAUAAACGGUAUUAACUUUUAUUAAAUUUAAUAAAAUGGCUGAAAAGACUGAACCAAAAAAAAAGUCUAGUACAAAAGGUAAAAGUGACAAAAAUGUGCCUAAAGAAGCGGAGGAGAGCGUUUUAAGUGCUCAUUCUUUAAUUGAAAUAAAAAAAAAGUUUGUUCGAGUGGAAUAUCCUGGAGUGGUGAAAAAUGUUAACAAAGCCAUUGAAACAUUAGGAGGAAUAAAAUCUCUUGAACUGGCAGUUGCGGAUACACGUCAUAAAUUAAAUUUGCAUUUUCACCCCCAAAACAAAUUUAACAAAGGUGUUUUAGCUGAUCGAGACACAAAUCCUUACUUAUUAUUAAAAGUGACACAGACGAAUGGAGGUGGUGAAAAAAAGUAUGAUUAUGAAAUUGUGGGAAUAACUGUUUUAAAUUUCGUUUUUAACAGGAUCAUUGACUACCAAUAUUUACCUUUAAUUGGGCCACCUAAUGAGUCAAAAGAAUCUAAAGUGGAUUAUUUCUAUGAUAUAAUUUUUCCUAAAGAAAUACCAACACGGGAGUGGUAUUUACAAAAAGAAAAUAAGGAACAAAGAGGUUUCUUCCUACCUUCAGUGUUUAGCAGAUUUGAGUGUUCAAAUCAAACCAAACUAUACUUAAAAACAGAAGAAAAAUAUGAACACCACCUAAGACCAGAAGUUGCUGAAACAGUUUUGAAUAUGACAAAGAAACAAAAGAGGCCACAUCAGUCCCUCAAACAAAUAUCUAUUUUUAUUAAUUUUCAAAAACUUAAUGUUGAAAUUCCCUUUAAACCUUUAGAUUAUACAAUGCAGUUAGUGAAUGACAAACAAUUAACAGGGGUAUAUGAAAAUGUCAAAGCUUUGUUUGAAAAGAGGCCAAUUUGGUCUAAAGUAGCAGUGUUACAUAAAACAGGAUUAAGUCAAGAACAUGCAAAAAUUGUUUUGCCUGCUGUUGCUUAUUUUUGUAACACAGGGCCUUGGAGAAUGGCUUGGAUUAAGUUUGGAUAUAAUCCUCAAAAAGACAGUAAUUCCCGUAUUUAUCAAACUUUAGACUAUAGAAUUAGGACUGCUGAGGGUACAAAGUUAAAAGUAAAUGCCAAAAGGAAUUAUGCAAGCAAGACACUUUAUUAUUACUAUACUCAGGGUAAUGUUCAGAAGAUAACAUUAGAUGACAAAAUCGCUUUGAAAAAGAGUUCCAUUCAGGAGAGUAGUUAUAUUCUCACUCCUACUACCAUUCCCCCAGCAAGACAACUGUUUUAUCAGUAUUGUGAUAUUUACAUUCCUGAAAUAAAAGAAAUGCUGUCAAGACUACCUAAACCUCAUAGUGAGGCAGAUUAUGAUCCAAAGAAUGGCUGGUUUCCUCAAAAUUUUACAGAACAAUGUAGAGAGAUAGUCAACAGCUAUGUCUUGAAUCAGGUACAGGAACAGUUGUUGGAAGAUAGUAAAAAACAACGGGAACAAUCAGCUCGCAAAGAAGAAAGUACUCGUAAACCGUCAACUCCAACAUAUUGCAGUGAGAUGUUGAGUAAUAUUAAGAAAGGUUUAUACAAAAGUGUGCAAAUUGGAGAUAUUACACAAUCUGGUGGUAGCCAAUCAGAACAAAGUAACUUGGAUGAUGAACCUGUUAUAGAAACCAUAGACUUAUUAAACACAGAUGAGGUUGGAGUCGAGGAUGUCAACGCAUCAGAUCUAAUACAAAGUACAAUUCCAGAAAGACUGGAAGACACUUCAGAUGAAGAAAAUCUGAGUGAAUCUUCAGAAUAUGAAAUAGAUAUGGAAGCUGUUGAAGAAGUAAAUAAAAUGAUAACUGGGAUGCAAGUUGAUGAGUCUGAAGAAGUUAAAGCUGUUACUUCUUAUUUUAAAAAGCUUUAUUAAAAGUUUUUAAAAAACUUUUGUGAAAUCUUUAUUUACAUAACUAAAUUAUAAACAAUUA